UUGGUGACCUUAACAAUCAGAUGACCAAAGUAUGUUGCGAUAAAUCAGAAAUCAACUUGUUAAGUAUUAUCAAAGUAACAUCACAGAAAAAAAAAAGUUUUUGAUAGAAAGCAUUGCCUUAAGUUUAGUGGUGUUGAUUGAAAACAGUAAUGCUGUAUCAGAGUUUAAAACAUCUAAAGAGGAAAAUUCCGCAUAUUUUACUUGUUGUGCAUCAUUGCUAUCCGAAUGGAUCAGCAAAGAGGAGAAGCAGUUCAGCGGAUCAUUAGUGAAAAUACUGUACAUACUUCAUUGGUUACUUUUGGAUUCUGCAAAUGAAUGCUGUGAUUUUGAUAACGAAAAUGUAAUUAUUUGUUAUAGCACUUAUUCAGCACUGUUUAUUCUUAGCAUCCAAUUGUUCGUUUAUUCAAUGGCUCCGUUAAUAAACGACCAUCAUAAAUUUGUUUUUUCCUCAACAUUCAUGUCCUAUACCAAAACCCUAUACAAAAUCCUAUUUUUACUGGACUUGUCUAGCUGCAUAUUUUGGUUCCAGUAUCGUGCGCCUGAUGUCCUUUGUUUUUGUGCGCCGGUGAAACAGCGACGUGCAAAACUGCCCUAUGUUUCCCUGGUCAAAAAGCCAGCGACUCAUUCAUCGACAUACUCAAUGAAAACCUCUGAACCUCCUGGCAUUAUACCGCCUCCAAAACCGCCAAGAACAGACUUGGCAGUAUUGUCUAGUCUGCAAAAAGAGAAAGAGAAGAGGAUAAACUUAACAAAACAGGAGAGUAGCCUUUCAAAACAGGAAAGCAUUACAGCGAAACCAUCAGUGGGAAACAACGGUUCGCUUCAACUUAACUUUAGCUCCGAAAACUUUGUUGAUCGACCGCCGAAAGAUUCUGAAUUACAGGUAUUACGACGAAGGCUCGCUGCUAAAACUUUACUUAAAAAUUUUUUUUUUGUAUUAGAAGGAAAGAUCUUUAUUCCUAUUAUAGUUCAGACUCAUAUCUUUUGUAAUAUUUGUUACGCCGAUUAUUUAAGUGAUUUUGAAAAAGAAGAACCUAUAUUUUUCUUUUAUUUAUUUUUUUUUUGUAAGGGCUUUAAAAAUUGCUGCUUUCAGUAUACAAAUGAUCCCACAAAAGCUACCUAUAUGGACGUAGCGGUGAUUCGAUGUUUAUUGAUAAAGCACUGGUCAGAAGACGGGGUUUAUUGGGCCUUGAAAUAUUUGCUCAACAGGCUUACUGAAAUUGAAGCCUACUUAAAUACGGAGGGUUUCCUGCGAUCAAGAUCCAAUUCGGUACCGGUACUACCACGAUGUAGAAUAUGUAGAGUAGAUACGGUAUCCGGUUCAAUGGCCGGUGUCCGAAGUUCAAAUGAUCAUCUUAGUUCUGCAAAAGAGUAUUAUCCCGAAGCGUUAGGAAGUUCAAAUUUUAUCGAGAGAGAUGGCCGUUUUAGUUAUAUGGUAGUGAUGCAAGCAUUGAAUUUGGUGAUGGAACGUUUUUUUGGUAUUCGAAUAUGUGAACUUGCAUUAAGCAUAUGCGAUGUAAUCCUCGGCAUGACCGGGAUUGACCAAGAAAAAUUCUUCUCGGAAAAUAUUAAAGUUAUUCUCAGAUCUUACCUUUGGUUAGGAUGUCCUCACGGGUGUAAUGAGGGAAUGCGUACGGCACAAGCAGAUUUCCUCCGCAUAAAAGCUCGUACUUUGUUUGCGUUGAUGCACAGAAUCAAUCCAGAGAUCUUUACGCAGACAGUUGUCGAUCAGGUCAAGGAAUAUAACAUCCAGAAUCUUGUUGAUGUCAUGCACGCAAUUACCGGCUUCUGUAAAGUUGAUACAGGUAUAUCAAUGAUGCAUUUACUAGCGGUUGAAAAAACUUCGCCAAACUACUGGAAUCACUUCAAUGAAAGUCUCAAGGGUAUCGAAGGGAACGUAGUAGAUGUUCUUUUUAAGCCGUCUGUCACACGUUUAGCCAAUGCUUUUGAGGAAAUAAUGCAACCAGAAAAUAUGAGUUUAUACCAUGAUGUUCGAGCCUAUGUGAUAUUUGUACAGGAACAUCAUGGUAAUCCGUUUCGACGAGUUGCAUUGAGUGCAUUAUUGGAUGGACGAAAUCUAAAGACUACCAAUAGCUUUAAAAGCCAAUUUAAUCUAUGGCAGAUACUAUUUAUCCAAAAUAGUUUUGGUAAUGCUUUUCAGAGAUGUUUUCAAUCGUUAAAUGCUGACGAAAGUGAUGCUGAGUCUUGUCCAUCUACGCCAAGAAAUGCCUCAUAUGGCGGAGAUGAUACUGCGACUGCUACCAUAUCGUCAAUAUCGAUUUCACAGUCAAAUCUGAAGAAGAAAAGUGGUGGAAAAUUACACUUUGGUAUGCUUCAUCCAGAAAUUGGUAACCGGAAACCGUCUGGGCCUAAUUUGGGGAUUCCACCUCGAAAGCUGGUAAACCUGAAAGGAAUUCAAGACGGAGUCAAACGGUUUGCGUUUCUUCUUGAAGCUUCUUGGCCUGGUAGUUUCCCGGAUUCCGCAUUAAUUGCUGCGCUUCUUGACUUAAAAUCACCUGUACUCGCUCGUGCUGCUCUAAUACUGGAAUGUACCUAUUACGUACAUCGUUGCAACAACAACGACUGGCCAGAGUGGAUCCGUUCAACUGGUGGUAGGCAACUAAGCUUUGUGGGGUUUAACAAUGCUCUUGGGAACCGUGGAACACCAAGUGCCACACGACAAAUGCAUUCUUUGCAACGAAAUGCUGGCAGAUGUUUUUAUCAAUGGGCUGUUCAGGUUUGGUUUUGGACAAUUUUAUUAGGUCUUUUUGAGCUGAUGAUUAGAGAUGACUUGGAAGAUUUUUUUGAUGAAGGUAUUGUUAACGAUGAUACGGGUGAGGCUUGUCCUCCAGCACUCUUGUUACUUGCGUGCUUUCUUCUGCGGGAAAUUACAGCUUUUUUACGGGAGACAUUUCAAACCAUUCCUCGGGCUCGUCCGUCAAAGACGCUUCUCGGCCCUGUCUACGACAAAAUGACGUCAAAUCGCCGUUGGUCUAUUCUUUCUACCACUUUCUACCCGCAACAACAACAUUCUGGCAGUGUUCAAAGUAUAAUCGAUCUAAAUUCAGCGCAUUACCGUCAGUUUCGAAAACUUGCGCAGGGGAGACAGCGUCUUCUUCGGAAGAGUCCUAUGGCAACAUUACAAGGGCCCGAUACAAGUUCUAAAACUUUGAUUGGUGUAAUCAAUGGCUUCGAUUUCGAUUGUACUCAUGAGCGAUACUGUACGCCACUGUGUUUUGAAAGGGCUUAUCGGCAGUGUUUCCGGCUUUCAGAAGCACUUCGAAAAGUUUAUGGAGAAGAUUUGCCUCCGGAAGGCAGAUUAGACAAAAGAAAGGCAGCAAUUGAGUCAUGGAAUGCCCGACAAAAGAGUUUACGUAACUCCUUACAUCGGCAUACAGGAUUUUCCCAGCGUCGGGAAAGCGCAGCGGUACGACAAGGAGCAAUGCUGGACAAGACACCAAUGGCACUUCGUAGCUUACUUAUUGAAAAACUUGCUGAAAUUGAAGAUGGUAGAGAAUCACGUGACAGCGAUGACUUGAUAGAAGUGAGUCAACUGCAGUCUAAGGUUCCACCAUCUCCGAAAUUGAACUUUCUGAAGUCGCAAGGACUUAAUAUUGCUCAUUCCCCGCUUUCGGCAUUACUCUGCUGCUGUUUAAUUUUGGCAGAUGAACACUACAAGGAGAUAUUGAAAGUGGCAUGGCAUUUGUUGGUUCACAGUGAUACAAAUGUUGUUGCUUCAGCAGCCUCAAUAUUCAUCGUGGCGUCUGUUCGAUGCCCUGAAAAUGUUUUGUCUUUAAUGCACAAUGAAUUGACGCACCAGAAUGCCGACGUACGGACUUCUGCAAUUCGUCGGUUUCAUGCUUUGUGGAGAAAUCGCUUUCAUGUCUGGUUAACAAUGGAAGAUGGAGCGCAACUAUCAUUCAAAGUACCGCCACCAGGUAUUGACUUUACUUUGCCAUCUCCUCCAAUUGGAGUUAAUCAAGCAACUGUUAUCGAUCCCCCGUGGAUGCCUCAUGUGAAAACUAAAGUUGAAGAAUUAAGUCUGAAAGAGGAAGAAGAACAAGCAACGAGACAGACGAUUAUGACUAUGACACGUACAAGAAGAAAGCAGAAGCAGGAAAUGGUCAAACGAGCGAUGCGUGAUGCCGAGGAAAGACAGAGUAUUUUAAGACAGAGUUUUCCUUUACGUGCUACUCCGAUCGUUCAACAGGCUGCAUACGAACCAGCACUGUUUCAUCAUCAGUUACCAAAUAUUUCAGAAGGACUCUCUGAAGAGGGACAUCUUGUCUCUGCUCAGAUGCCCGUUGCUCAGCCACUGUUCCCUUCCUCAAUCCUCUCCAUCGUUCCAACUCUGAUAGAAAUGCUGGACGAUAUGCAGGUUGACAGCAACGGUAUUUCAGUUUCUGACUCUGCUAGGAGGGUUAUAUGGUUGUGCAUAGUUGAAGAUCCUGCUUUAUUCUUGCGUCACUUCUUGGAGAAGUUAACGAAUCGAGAUCGACAAGAAUAUUUGAUGUCCUUGUUGCGCAAGCUUAUUCUUCGUUUUCAACCAUUGCCAAAUCAAACUGCCUACUCCUUGCUGAACUAUCUGUUUGGAUUCGUUAUGUACUACGUAAGAUCUCCUUGCCCUGGAAGUUUCAAAGCAAUUGGAAAUGCGCUCAGUUUAAUCUGGCUUGUAGCUCCCUACGUUCAAGGAUUGUAUUUCAAGGACCUCAAACAAACGUUACGAAAAGAACAGUGUGAUCAAGCACUUUUAAUAUCAGCAAAUGUUCCGUCAGCGAAAAAAAUUAUUGUUAAUGGACCUGACGAUGAAAUCGGUGGUAUUCCUUGUCAGUUCCCCAUAUAUGAGGAAACUCAGUUCCAGCAGAUCUUGACGGAUAGUUUAGAAUUUUUCAAUGUUCCAGACGAUGAAGCGGAUAGUUACUUUUUGGUUGACAAGAAGAAAAACAUAGUGCAUAAUCCAGCAUUUUAUGUCAGGGACUUUUAUUUUUUCCAUCGCUCUUUUUACCCUCAACUCUCUCUGGUGAAGUUAAAUGUCGAAGAAUCGCAAAUGAGAAUACGACAGAUGUCUUUUAUACAGCGUUUUAUAGAAAUCGGCAAAAUAUUGUUAACUCAUAACGCCCUUAGACAUACUCCAGAGAAUGUUAUCCCUCAACGCAUUUUCUUCUUGCACGAUGAGUUCACGCAUCUCCCUUCAUUUCCUAGAAAGUGUCUUGAAACUUGCUUUGGAAUGUACAAUGGACCGAUGGGCAGGGAAUUAUAUGCAAUGGAUGCAAUGCACAAAUUCGCUUGGGCAGAGCUUAUGUCAAAUAUGUUUGAAAAGAUGGAAAAUUCUUUUAUGUAUGACGAUUUACAUUUGUUUAUUAAUGUAAUAAACGGUGUAACCCUGAUGCAUUGUGAAAAUAUUAAUAUACUACGAUGUUGUUUGGCUACUUAUUUGUCUAUGGCUGUGAGAUUUACGACCUUAUUUGCUAGUCAGGGGUUUUUUCUUAUGAUGCCUACCGUUUUACGGUGUUACUGUCAAAGACAAACGAACAGUUUACUUUGCCGAUCAAUUGAAUUUGUCUGUCGGCAGUUUUAUAUACUGCACCGUAAACCGUUUUUUCUUCAAAUGGCCGGGGCCGCUGCUACUAUACUCGACAUGAAUGAUAACGAUUUUGAAAUAAACCCCAUGAAGAUCAAAGCAAAGUAUUUCUUCAAACUUUUGAUACAGAUGGAGAAUAUGUCAAGCAUGGAGGAUCCUCUCGAAAUCCUGGAACUUGUGAACGGUCCAAAACCGUUGAAGGCUGUUGAUAUGUGCUAUCGCGAUGAUCCAAACACAUUUAGCAUUCUUACGGAUGGGAUAGCUAGUUGCAUAACUGUCUGUGCAUUCGCACCAGAGUCAAGAAGAUCUUAUCAAAUGCUGUUAGUUCUUCAAGCUAUUCUUCCUCAUUUUGUUGACUGGGCAGAACGAGAGACUACCCAACAGAAAUCAAACGUGUCUGUAGUAAAGCAUGAAUUGACGGUUUAUAACACGCUUUGCGUUGAAAUCAAAGCUUUGAUUAAUUGCUGUGACGUUUUAGCUAGAGGGCGUACUUUUGAUUUAAGCUCCAGUGCAACAGACAGAGGUCGAUCUUUUGGUACUGAAUCGCCACAGUUUUACGAUCCUCCAACUGAUGACAGCAAAGCUCAGCCAAAAUAUUUUAGAUCUACUACAGUCGAAUUACAUCGGGAUUCCUUUUUGAAACCCCGUGAUGCACUUUUAGUUCUUGCAGCAACUUUUAUUGAAAAGGUUACGCCGCGCCUCAGAGAGCUUUCGAAACUAGCUCCUUCCGAACAUCACAGGAUUAUUGAGAUGCUUGACUACAAAUGUCAUAUGAAAUUGUGUGAAAUAGCUCUCUCACUGUUUAAAUUGGUUCCGGAAGAUUACAAUGUGAUGUGUUGCCUAGGUUUGCAAAAGUACUUUUUGAUAAUCCUGCCUGUAACUGACUGGUCAGCAGAGGGCAACCGAGCUCCGCUGAAUAAACUUCUGAAUCGCCUCGAUAAAACGAUGCAGAAGAUUGGAAAAAAGAUGCUGCUUAGAAGGAGAAUCAAUUGGUCGGCCAUUAGCAACUGGCUGAGCGGUCUGUAUAAAACUCUGAACGCUUACCCUUAUAUUAAUCUAUCUUCGUUGUUUCAGUCAAUAACUCAAAGGUGUUUGCGGUUGAUGGUUGGUGACCCAACUAUGGACGAUUCUUCGCAGACAGCUUUACAUAACUUGACGCCGUCAACCGUUCUUCAUCCCACUGCUCCUCCUCCUUUCUUCUGUGACGUUGUUUUGAAACUUGUCUCUUUUCUUAUUCAGGCGUUAGAUCAGGUAUUCCUAGCGACUGGUUCCUUUGAUUUUCUGUCAACUUAUUUCAAAAAAAAUCGUGCUGAAGUGGUUCUUUGUAGAGUGCUAAUACCUUUGUUCAUUCUUCAAUUAAUUUCAGACGCACCGAGGUUUCAGUGGAAGGAUUUAGAGUUUUGUUUGAAUUUUAUGCAGAAUGCAAUAACACCUACACUAUGUAAGCAUAGUCUCGCGCCAGCUCCAAGUUCUACCCUGAUACCCGCUACUGCGAGAAAUUCUACUAUCCAUGGUUACAGACAAGGGUCUGUGACAGUAGCUGGUGGCCAUUCUGCAACAGUAACAGUGCAACCUCUUGUACGGGAAACAGUUUGCCAAACAAUUUUUCUAGCCUUAAAAGUCAUGAUGGUCGUUUUCCAAACAACGCUUUCGUCUCAUUGGUCAAAAAUUGCUAAGUUGACGAAAGAUCUGAUAUCAAAGAAGAUGGGUGGCGCAGCAUUAUAUUCGUUUGCCGACUUUGUAGUAGAUGUGAAUUUACCUAUUUCCCUUCUCAUACUACCAAUUCUUCAAAAUAAGGUUAAUCAAAAACCAGCUUCCGAACAUGAGGCAAGAUGGCAGAUGGAAUUUAAGGAACGAGUGAGCAGGAUGGGAGCAAGAUUACCUCCAACCGUACACAGUUCCCAUGUCCUGCUGAAUGAACUGGCUCAAGAACUGCAUACAAUGACUGAAGAGUUUUCAGCUCGUUUGAUGGGUAUCAAAAUUUAUUCCUUGACCACGCCUAGUGUUUGUAAGCCGGAUGUAAUUGGCUAG